UAAUAUAAGCGAGGAAGUUUGGCAGCCUCACCCGUUGGAUUCUUGGCGCAGAAGAAAACCCUAAAACAGUAAAACCUCUCCCUCUCUCACAUGGCGUCUCCUCCUUCUCCCGCGGAGAAGCCCUCCGAUUCCCAAACGCUUGAUCCUCUCGUCUCCCCAUCUCCUCCCUUGUCCCCCGCCGACCAGCAGUCCCUUUUGCCCGCCGCCGACCUCUCGGCGCCCAAGGGCGCUGCAGAGGCCACGCCGGCGAAAGCGGAGGGAUCGGAAGCGGUCGAAGGAGGAGAGGCAACGGAACAGGAAGCGCAAGAUGAUGGAUCGGAGGAGGAAGAGAUGGAAUGCGGAUUCUGCCUCUUCAUGAAGGGUGGCGGUUGCAAAGACGCCUUCAUCGCCUGGGAGGACUGUAUAACGGUCGCCAGGGAUACCGGCGAGGACGCUGCCGAGAAAUGCAUGGAGGUCACUUCUGCGCUCAUGAAGUGCAUGGAGGCCCACCCCGACUACUACGAGCCUAUCCUCCGAGCCGAGAAGGCCAUGACCGACUCUAUCACGGAUUCCGGCGACGAUGAUCCUGAAUCGGAGAAGAAGGUGGAGGAUGAUUGAACUCACUUGACCACAACAGGAUGUUCAUUCAAUUCAUGAACGGAUCGACGGACUGACCAAACUCAAAGAUGAGAUACCAAAAACUUGCAUUUUUUUUCCCUGCCUAAUUCUGUUAUAAACUUAUAAUAAGGUCAGAAUACCUGGUUAGAUUCUGUUCUUCCGUGAAACUAAAAAUGAUCAGAUUUGUACGAACAAUUUUGACCCUUGAUAUUACUUGGGUGAGGUGUUUUGAAA